AUGGUGGGCCUCGCCACGUUCAUGAUCGUCUCGCGCGAGGACGUCCCUUUGUACGAGGCCGACCUGGGUAAGGGCAUCGAGGCGUCGUCGUCCGCCGCGCAGAAACGCGACGACGCGGCGCAUCUUCACCAGUUCGUCAUGCACGCCGCGCAGGACUUCGUGGAGGAGCGCAUGUGGGAGACUAACGGCAUGUACCUCAAGCUCGUGGACCGGUUCAACGAUCUCUACACCUACGCGUGGGUCACCGCGGGCGGAUGCAGGUUCCUGCUCCUGCACGACGCGAGGAACGAGGAGAACGUUCGGUCUUUCUUCGACGAGGUGCACCAGCUGUACUUGCGCGUGGCGCUCAACCCCUUCCACACGCCGCGGACGCCGAUCGAGAACGAGGUGUUCGACAGGCGGGUGCGUCAGGCGGCGAGGCGACACUUCCCGUGA